UUCAAUCUUUCAAAGAUCAAACCAAAAUUUUUAUAUCAUCGGAUGUUGUAGUAAUAAUUCCUCGACGACUCCUAAUGGUACUAAAGCGUCAUCCGGAUCCGAGGGGAACAACCAAUCCGAUUAUAUGGUGCAUUGCAAUCAUUUGCGCUAUUCUAGCUAUCGUUGUCAUCUUGGCUGCCAUCGCUAUUUUCAUAAUCUACAUGGUUAUGAAACCUAAGGUGCCAUAUUUAGCUGUGAGUAAUGCGAGUCUAGACGUAUUCGAUUACAGCCAAUCGGGUUUUCUCACAACUCAGGUAACCAUUUUUGUAAGAUGGGAGAAUGACAAUUCUAGGGCUUCGACUAACUUUUAUGGAAAUACUAUUAACUUGAGCCUUGGUGGAAAAGUCAUAGCCUAUAUGAUGCUUCCGGAUAUAAAAUUGGUUAAGAAUUCGUCUAAAGAGUUGCCCUACGUAGUGGUUUCGGCACCAAUACCAUUAAGACCCUCGUUGAGGGACCUUGUAGACCGAUCGAUUAAGCAAGACCGAUUAACCCUCGAUUUGGAUGGAGUCAUAAGGGCUAGAUGGAACAUUUGGAUCUUGGGUUCGGUCAAGUUUUGGAUAGAUAUGAAGUGUCCUCUUGAAUUUCGUAUCUCCACCAAGGAAAGUAUAGGAUCUUAUUGCAAAUCCAAGAUGAAAUAAACUAAUUAAUUGGAGUUGGAGUUACUAUUUUUUUUUUUUUUACUUU